AUGUAAACAACCAUGACCUGAAAAUGGAAGAGAUAGGGGAAACUAUUUUUGAGGAUUCAUUAUACAAAUUGUCUGGAAACAAAAACAAAGGAUUGUUUGGCAAGAAUAACCCUUGGAAGUUAAGGUAUUUUAUACUGAAGAAAUGUGGAAAUCAACCUGUGUUGGAAUGUUACAGCAAAAAGCCAAAAAACAGAACUACAGCACCAAAAGAGAAAAUCCCAUUACUGCCUGGGUUCCAUUUAGAGAAAGUAACAAAUACAAAAAACAGAGCUUAUGUGUUCGAACUUACCAGCCAGGAUAAAUAUUUGUGUUUAUCAGCGGAUGAGCAAAAAAAUAUGGACGUCUUCGUAUUCUUGUUGAUGUCUCAGCUUAAACUAAAAGAACUGAUUAAAGAUGAUUUUAUCAUUGUGAAGCCAGAAAACUCAGAUGUCAACAGGAGAAUAGGAGCAAAGGGAACUAACUGUAUUUUACAUAUCUCACCAUGGGGAGUAACUCUUGCUUUGCAAGCAACAAGGACAGUGUUGGCACAAUGGCCAUUAAAAAGCAUCAGGUAUUUUGAAGGGGGUAAAAAUCAAUUUAUGCUGGAAGCAGGACGUGUGGCCCCAAUGGGGGAUGGGACAUAUAUAUUUCACACAGAAGAUGGAAAAGAAAACUAUGCUUAUGACUUACUUGACCAGAGGAUUGUAGAUGCCUUGACCAAAAUGCAGCCUGGUAGAAGGGGGACAACAGAAGAGAUGGAAGAUUAUGUAUUAGAAUCGAACAAUUUGACCUUACUGACCUCAGUAAUACCUUGUAUGAUUAAUCAUCCUGAUCAUAUAAAUAUCAUGAGGGACAACUGGAAUAUUGAUAUUAAUGGAAACACAAUAAGAACAAGACCUACAGUUCAUGUCAGACAGACAAGUAAUGCAAGUGAAACAGGGUCUGAUAUUGGUACACCUGGAACACCUGGUCCACCUUUACCAAGUAGGAGACCAGAAACACCAUCAAGUAGAUAUCUGGCAAGUAGUUCUCCUGGCCGACAACAAUCAUCAAAAGUUCCAUCAGUGGUCAACUCAGGUUUUCAAAAGAGUAAUUCUUCAUCAUCAUUAAUAAGUAGACCACCACUUCCACCGCCCACAGCAGGAGCCAUGUCUAAUUCUCAGCGUACUCGUCCAGUGCCAGCGCCAUUAAAUAGAAGUAGUACCGCUGAUGGUAAUUAUUUGAGAAUGAACUCUUUGUCUGCAGUAAAAACAAUAGCCCAGAAUUCAGUGCCACCGUUUUCACCUACGGGUGAGUGGAGCCCCCCUCCAUCUUUUCAGGAAGCUACAAGUUAUAGUUUAAUGAGUCCUGGACAUGUAGGCAGAGAUGGUUACUUAAAUCCAAGAACUAGCGUUAUUGAACUUCAGGAAAUAGCACUAGAGAAAUUUAAUCAAAAUGUGCCUGAGACUUAUCUUUCUCCAACUGCUGAGUAUGAAACAACAUUUGAUACAAGCAGUUUGCCACGGGAAAGAGGGUCAAAAUCUAAGCCAUCAAAUAGCCAUGAUAAUCAUUAUAGAUUACGCUCCUUGAGCUGUGAAGACAUUAAAAAGGGUCAAAUGAGACAAAGGGCAAGAACUGCCAACUCACGACAGGAUGCUAAAAAUAAUUCACGAGAAACUACAACAGCAGAACCUUUUCCUCGUAUUCAGGAAUUUAAGGGAAGCAUGGAAUUAUUGCUACAAGAUGAACGAGGAUAUUAUAAUAUUGAUGGACUUAAGGGUACUAUUGAUUCUAGUCAUGCGCCUUCAGUUGCUGAAGUACUUCAAAAGUUUGAUGAAACUGCCAAACCUCCUUUAACAAGAGCCAUCUCUAAUCCUAAUUUCUUACAGUUACUAAAUAAAGACAAGUUAAAUGAUAUACGAGUGGAAAAAGCCAGAUCAAUCCAUGGUUCUAAUCCAAACCUUAAAAAGAGUAAGUCUUUACUCAACUUAUUCAAACGUUCUAAUAAGGAAAAGUCUUCAAGUACUAAAGAAGAAGGCUUUUCCUCAAACAAAGCUAAAAGUCUUCCAAAUAGUCCAUGUAACUCAUUACAACGUCAGUAUUCUCAUCCAAAUAUAUCUAUUAAUGUGAAAGGUAUUCAUGUAACAGGAAGAACUAGAUCUUUUAGGAAACCUAGGCAAUAUGAAAAAUCUCCACAAAUACAAAGAAAAGAGGGGAAAUCCCCACAAAUUCAGAGAAAAGAUGGGAAAUCCCCAUUGCCAACAAGGAAAGAUGGAAAAUCUCCCAAAUUUAAACGCAAGGAAGAUAAAUCCCCACAGUUACAGUAUCGACAUGAGAGAGCAGCGUCAGAUCCACAGGUCCUAGAACAACACUCUCCACAACCUACGCGUCGCACAAGACAUGAUGUCACUCCUUCUGUUUCCUCCUCAGAUAACGAAUUUGCCAAUGGCCGACCAGUUUGUCCGAGUCGGCAGGCUUCAUCUAGCUCUUUAGGAAAUAAAGUACAUACUGUUUGUUAGAUAGUUCUCACAAUAGUUAAAAAAAACAAGUUAUAUUUUAUCACUUUUUAUCCUGUGAAAAUUUACUCUUUUUACUGCUUUAUUUACAAAAAAAACCAACAUCAUGCCAUAUAUGCACUUUUUUUAAAUCAUAUGUAAUGUUUACUAAAAGUAAGGGUGUUAGCCAUGAAAUGUUUUUUCACUAGUUGAUAUUUUAAAUGAAUCUCCAUCAUUUUUGUCCAUUGAAAUGUUGUGUUAGGUGCCACUCUUAUUUUAAUGUUUUGAUUUGACUCUUAGAAAAACUUUGCAGUCAGAAAAUAGUUGCAUAAUUUAUAAAAUUUUGCUAGUUGACAUUUUAUUGAGAGAUUAACAUGAAGUACAGGGUUUGAAAUAUGUCAUUUGUGACUUAAAAAUGUAGCAUUUCUAUAAUAGGUUUUGUUUAAAGAAAACACUUGUUGUUAUAUGCAAUAAAUUAGCCAUUAGGACAUUUUCACAUUCCAAAGUGCAAUCUAAAAUAGGGCAUAUAGAAUGCUUUUGGUUUAUUGCUAGUCAAAGUACAUGUGUACUUAUUUUUGUUUCAUAUUGUGUACAAUUUAAUUAUGAUGAACAAAUUUUAGAUCAAAAUAAUAAAUCUAUGUGUAUGAUUUUAGAUAAAGAAGGUUUUGAAAGAUUUGUAAAUAUUUUCAUGAUUUUAGUAUCCCGGACAAUAUCUCAUUCUCACUCUAAUUCAGAGAUUAUUUGUUUUCCUUAUUUACUGCUGUCAGUUGAAGAUGAGAGUUUUUUGAGUGGUGAAACAUUAAAAGAUGACACACAUAUUCAACUUACAACCUUCUUAUUAUAGAUUAAUGUUGAAAACUUUAAAUGAAUAAUACUCCAUGUAUUUUUUUCUAAUCUAAUUUAAAAAUCUUCCUUACUGUUUUUUCUCCAUUAGUGUUAAUUCAUUCCAUUUUUUUUCAAAUUAAAAUAUGUUAACUUAUCAUUUUCAUAUCUGUCAAGCAAUUAUUCUUUGUUCAGGCAAAAUUUUUCCAGCACAAAUUUUCUAAAGAUAAUGGGCAUUUCUUGGAAGCAAGAUAAAUUUUGAAACAUGUGAAUUAUCAAUAUUGUGAAGAAUGUUGCCAAAAAUUAUGAAUUUAUUUAUUUUCAUAAUAGAAUUUUUAUCUUUUAUAUAUAUAUAAAAAGUCUAGAGAAUUGUUUUCAUUUAGUGCAAAAUACAAAAGAAAUAUAAAUAAACAAAUUCAUGGAUCUUUAUCAUGGUGCUUUGGUAGGGCUUCCAGAAAUUAGAAAAUGCUUCUCACUUUGAUGGGCGCAAUUGUUUUGCAUGGUCGCUAUUUUUUUAACAUGAUAAAAGCUAAUUUGAACAAAUGUAGUUGUGCAUUAAAAACAAGAUUUGCAGAAAAGCAUCAUGAAUGAGUCGACUCGCAUCAAAUUCUUGUUAUGUUGAAGGCAUUUUGUCAUUUUAAGACAUUUUUAUCCCUCUUUAAAAAUGCGCUGCUUAUUAAAACCUUGUUAAGAUGUUGUUGGGUAUAGAACUGUGAUCUUUAUAUAUAUUAUAAUAGUUUUACUAAUUUGUUGUAGAAUUUUUAUUGAACAUUUUAUUUGUUCGACUUUUUAGAAUUUAAUUGUGUAGAUAUGUUAAACAUUGUUGUAUUGUAUAAAUCUUUAGUGUGUACAGUUGUUAUAAACUAAGUCUAACUUAAAAUGUUAUUUAGAGGUCAUCCUAAUUAUCAAGCAUUUCAUUGGCUUGACCAUCAUAGGGAAAGAUCUACAUUUGUAGUGAGGGUAGGUGUAAUUUCCAUAUUUGUCAAAAAAGUAAAUAAUUUUAUGCCAAAAACUGAUAUAUUGCCCAUCUAUGGAGAGCAUAUUCUCUCUACACCCCUUUAUAAAACAGCAUCUGCAUAAAGGGAUAGCCUUCAUUAUUGCUAUUUAACAAAAAAAUAAUUUGAUCUUCACGAAUGAUAAUUUCCUUCCUUAGCACAGUAGAGUGAUAUGAAAAAUUAUUACUUGAAGCUAAGGGCUCACAUGCCACAUUAAAGUCGUAUAAUCAAAAUAGCAAUAAACAGAUUAUCAUUGGUCAUCUCAAGCGAGAAAAUCAAUCUCAUUGAGAUGACCAACAGUAAUCUAUUUUUAACAACAUAAUGGUAAUAUUUAUCGAAGAUGAUUGAAGUGGACAGAUAAGCAUGUACAAGCUUAUGAACUUGUUUGAAAAUGUGGAUGGCUUCUAUUGUAUUUGUAAAAACGAAAAAAUAGUUAUUAUGAAAUAAUAAAAGUUGUGUAUUCUGUUCAUGUUG